CAACAAACAUGGCGACCCUGAGUAGGACGACACGAUGUUUACAUUCGCUGUUUUCACGAGUGCCGCGAGUAAUGGCAUCACAGACCCGGAGUAUAGGUGACACCUGGGUGGACGGAAGCUGUAUUGACCCUUGUACUGGACUUUCUGAAGACCAAAGAGAGAUGCAUAAGGUCGCCUUAGACUUUGCAAAGAAAGAAUUAUUCCCCAACAUGGCAAAGUGGGACCAAGAGGAGAUAUUCCCAGUUGACGUGCUGAAGCGCUGUGCUGCCCUGGGGUUCGGAGCUAUAUACUGUAAGGAAAACUACGGAGGUACCGGACUGACCAGACUGGACGCCUCUAUGAUAUUCGAGGCCCUGUCCCAGGGAUGUACCAGUACUACUGCCUACCUCAGUAUCCAUAACAUGUGUACGUGGAUGGUAGAUGAGUUUGGCUGUGACGACCUGCGACAGAGGUUUAUUCCAGAUUUAGCUACGCUGAACAAAUUUGCUUCCUACUGUCUCACAGAACCUGAUUAUGGGAGUGAUGCAGCUAAUAUCAAGACGACAGCCAUUAACAAAGGAGACCACUAUGUUCUAAAUGGAUCUAAGUCUUUUAUAAGUGGGGGAGGAGAGAGUGAUGUUUAUGUGGUCAUGUGUCGGACAGGAGAACCCGGGGCCAAAGGAAUAUCAUGUCUGGUGGUCGAGAAAGGCUCUCCUGGACUGUCAUUUGGACAAAAAGAAAAGAAGAUUGGAUGGAAUUCCCAGCCAACACGUCAGGUGAUGUUUGAGGACUGUGUGGUUCCUGUGGAGAAUGUUGUUGGACAGUUAGGGGAUGGCUUCAAGAUCGCCAUGAGGGGACUCAACGGGGGUAGAAUAAAUGUUGCUUCUUGUUCACUAGGAGCAGCCCAGUCGAGUAUAGAACUCUGUAGAGAAUAUUUAAAAGUUAGGAAGCAGUUUGGAAAAACACUGGAUAAUUUUCAGUAUUUACAGUUUAGGCUGGCAGAGAUGGCCACUAAGUUAGUUGUAUCCAGGAAUAUGGUAAGAACAGCUGCCCGGGCACUGGACGAGAACUGGCCGGAGAGGGUCAUCCUAUGUUCUAUGGCCAAACUUUUUGCUACAGAUGAGUGUUCAAAGAUAUGUAACGAUGCGAUACAGCUCCACGGUGGAUAUGGGUAUCUAAAAGACUACCCAGUACAGCAGUACAUGCGUGACACACGAGUACAUGAGAUUCUAGAAGGUACGAAUGAAGUGAUGCGGUUAUUGAUAUCAAGAGACUUACUAACAGACGAUGAGAGGAAAUAUGUCUGAUGAAGUGGAAAUACCUAAGUAACACUUUUACGAUAAAUGUUUCUGUGAUAGUUACAAACAGCUUCUGUUGUAGUUACAACAUGGAAGUUUACACAUGUGACCAUUGUGUGUGUGUGUCUGAUCAGUUAUUCCGGUGUCGAGUCUCGACAUUAUAAAUAUAUCAAAACCUGGUUAAUACUGUCACAUCUCUGUGAUAUUAAUAGUGCAGUUAGAACAUUGGAGAGGUACAGUAAACACUAUGCCGCUGGUACAAUGGCAAUUUGACCACUGUUUCUGUGACUGUUCUGCUUAAUAUCUGGUUAUGUUGGUUUUUAUGUACUAUCAUGUGUGAGCAUAUUAUACAUGUAUAUUUGUAAUAAAAGAGCUAGGAGAUAUUGAUGAAUCAGUGGUGAUCAGACAUAGUGCUUCUCAGAUUUUCUCACAUUUCUCACUGAAAAUAACAUCUUUGGGACAAACUGCUGCUGCUGCUGCUGCACAGGAAAAAUGGUGUCUUAAUUAAUGUAAAGGCUAUUCCAGAUGUGUGUAUGUAAGGGCUAUUCCAGAUGUGUGUAUGUAACGGCUAUUCCAGUAUAUGAAGAUGCAGGGCGGCACUCAAAUCUAGUAAUAUAUAUAUAUAUAUAUAGUUUUUAGUUAGCCAAAUGAAAAAUAAUUGUGUCUGGGCCACAAAGUAUAAAAGUGACCUCUAGCAUCCCCAUAUAUUUAAUUCUGUUAUAUCCCUCAUACAUGAAGCUGAUUAUCCAAACAACCUUUGAGCAUAACAUGAAACACAGUUAAACCUGUUUGAACUGAAUCCUUUAUACUUUAUAUUGUAAAACAUUCAUUUUCACUCUUUAUACACACAUUUAUUCAACCGGAUUCCAAAUUCAGACAUUUAAAAAAUUACAGUCGUUUUGAACACUAUGAACCAUAUUGUUUAAACCGGUCGAUAUAAAUAAGUAUUUCUAACUGUCGGUGCAUUUUGAUGUAAUUCAAAAAUUCCUAAUCCAAAACUGUCUUUUCCUAACAUAAAGUGCUUUUGGUCCCGGUGGCUUGAUAUUUUUAUUUUCAAAAUAUGCUAUAGUGUAUGUACAUCAAAGGAUCAAACUAGUCUUCUCAUCCACAAGGCGGUGUACACUGAGCCUUCGAUUUGGCUGUGACAUAUUCCUGAAAGCGUAAGUGAGCGUUAUCCCUGGGUAUCGAGGAUGCUUUACAUAUAGGAUCUUA